UAAGAAUAGACAAGAUUGGGAAGCUCUGUUAAAAUCGCGUCGGUCUCUGAUGAGUGAUCAACUGCCACGGAGCGAACCAAUUCGUAAUUGCAACGUCCUGAGAAUGUCGACACUCUUUCACUCUUUCUCCAAGUUGCCUCCUUUUCGAUUUCUCAUAUUUUAUAGACUCACUUUCUGCUUCUUCUUGAUCCCGAGGAAGAAGAAGAAACUCUUGUUCCCAUGAUCAUCGUCGAUGUUCUUUGGAAACUGUUUCCUCUAUACUCGUUUGGAUCAGAAAGAGAUUCUCUCUCAGAGUCCAUUUUGCAGAUAAUUCCCGAGACAAUGGCUUCUUCUACCACUAAAAUCCUCUGUGAUGCCGGUGAUUCAGACCUCUGUAGAGACGAUUCAGCUGCAUUUCUACUCAAAUUUGUAGCCAUUGCCUCCAUUCUAUUAGCUGGAGCUGCUGGUGUAGCCAUACCUCUCAUUGGCAGGAACCGUCGGUUCCUUCAAACCGAGGGAAAUCUCUUUGUAGCUGCUAAAGCCUUUGCAGCUGGUGUCAUACUCGCCACUGGCUUUGUCCAUAUGCUUGCAGGCGGCACGGAAGCUCUGAGUAAUCCGUGUUUACCAGAUUAUCCGUGGUCUCAGUUUCCCUUUCCCGGUUUCUUUGCUAUGGUGGCUGCUUUAGUUACUCUGCUUGUGGAUUUUAUGGGGACACAGUACUAUGAGAGGAAGCAAGAGAGGAAUCAGGCUGCUGGUGAAACCGCUGUUGUUGAGCCUGGUCGUGAAGAGACUGCUGUUGUUCCCGUGGUUGGGGAAAGAGUCAACGAUAAUAAAGUAUUUGGUGAAGAAGACGGUGGCGGGAUUCACAUUGUUGGCAUUCGUGCUCAUGCUGCUCACCAUAGGCAUAGUCACUCUAAUAGCCAUGGUACAUGUGAUGGACAUGCUCAUGGACAUUCACACGGACAUGGACAUGGACAUGUGCACGGGAAUUCAGAUGUUGAAAAUGGAGCUAGGCAUGUUGUUGUUUCUCAGAUAUUGGAGCUUGGGAUUGUGUCGCAUUCAAUCAUUAUCGGUUUAUCCCUUGGAGUAUCGCAGUCUCCAUGCACGAUCAGGCCUCUCAUUGCAGCUCUGUCAUUUCACCAGUUCUUUGAAGGAUUUGCGCUCGGAGGCUGCAUCUCUCAGGCACAGUUCAGGAACAAAUCAGCAACCAUAAUGGCUUGCUUCUUCGCGCUAACCACACCGAUAGGGAUCGGAAUUGGAACCGCAGUGGCCUCGUCUUUCAACUCGCAUAGCCCUGGAGCUUUGGUCACCGAGGGGAUAUUGGACUCGCUGUCAGCUGGGAUUCUGGUGUACAUGGCUCUGGUGGACCUCAUCGCAGCUGAUUUUCUAAGCAAGAGGAUGAGUUGUAAUGUGAGGCUUCAAGUUGUGUCUUAUAUAAUGUUGUUCCUUGGAGCUGGACUUAUGUCUGCUCUCGCCGUUUGGGCUUAGCUUUUAGAUUACAUAUUAUCUCAUGUAGAAUCGAAUAAUAUACUGCUCAUGCAACUUCAUAUUUUUGCCUUGAUUCAUAUGAAUAUAAUAAAUAGAGGAACAUAUUAGAAA